UCCUACUCUUGUGACUCCAUCGCUUUCUUGACCCUUCACAUGUAAAUAUUCGUACAUAGUCUUGAAUAUUCCUCUUCAAUUUAGCCCAAAUAAUACUACACUAUAAUUAUAUAUACAUACAUAUAUAUAUAUAUAUAUAUAUAUAUGUGAAGGUGAUUGGAUUUACAGGCUAAGUUGGGUUUGAAUUGGAGAGUUCAACAUGGGUUUUCUGGGUUUUUCAUGGUGCUCUGCAAUUGCUGUAUUGGGUUUGUUGCUGAAUGCUGUAGUUUUCUGUAAUGGAGGAACCACAAGUGCUUUUGUGAGACCAGUUGAGAAAACUGUUGAUAUGCCUCUUGAAAGUGAUGUCUUCCUUGCGCCACAUGGCUAUAAUGCGCCUCAGCAGGUUCAUAUCACACAAGGAGAUCAUGUGGGCAAAGCUGUGAUAGUAUCAUGGGUCACCAUGGAGGAAGCUGGUUCAAGUACAGUCCUUUAUUGGAGUGAGAAUAGCAAAAACAAGAACAAGGCCAAGGGCACUGUAGGUAGAUAUAAAUUCUACAGCUAUACUUCUGGUCACAUCCAUCACUGCACCAUCAAGAACUUGGAGUUCGACACGAAAUAUUACUAUGAAGUAGGGAUUGGACACACGGCAAGAACUUUUUGGUUUACAACUCCUCCUGAGGUUGGCCCAGAUGUCCCAUAUACAUUUGGUCUCAUAGGGGAUCUUGGUCAGAGUUAUGAUUCAAAUAAGACUCUUACUCAUUAUGAAUCAAACCCAACAAAAGGGAAAACAGUGCUGUUUGUCGGGGACCUCAGCUAUGCUGAUACCUAUCCAAAUCAUGAUAAUGAAAGGUGGGAUACAUGGGGAAGGUUUGUUGAGAGAAGCACUGCAUAUCAACCUUGGAUAUGGACUGCAGGAAAUCAUGAGAUUGAUUUCGCCCCUGACCUUGGCGAAACAAAACCAUUUAAGCCUUUUACUCAUCGUUAUCAUGUCCCUUAUAAAGCAUCAAAUAGUGUUGCUCCCUUUUGGUACUCAAUCAAGAGAGCUUCGGCAUACAUCAUAGUCUUGUCUUCUUAUUCGGCAUAUGGCAAAUACACUCCUCAAUACCAAUGGCUUCUGGCAGAGCUACUAAAAGUAAACAGGAGUGAGACACCAUGGUUGAUUGUUCUUCUGCAUGCCCCAUGGUACAAUAGCUACAACUAUCAUUACAUGGAAGGAGAAACCAUGAGAGUGAUGUUUGAGCCAUGGUUUGUACAGCACAAAGUUGAUGUUGUGUUUGCUGGUCAUGUUCACGCCUAUGAGCGAUCGGAACGCGUAUCCAACAUUGCUUACAACGUUGUAAAUGGCAUCUGCUCUCCUGUAAAAGACCAAUCUGCCCCUGUAUACAUAACAAUUGGCGACGGUGGAAAUCUUGAAGGCCUAGCAACCAACAUGACAGAGCCACAGCCGAAGUACUCAGCUUUUCGUGAGGCGAGUUUUGGUCAUGCCAUUUUUGAUAUUAAGAACCGCACACAUGCUUAUUAUAGUUGGCACCGUAAUCAAGAUGGCAAUGCUGUGGAAGCUGAUUCUUUAUGGUUUUUCAACCGAAUUUGGCAUCAAGUUGAUGAUUCUACAAGCACCCAUUGAUGAUGACAGUAUCAAGCAUGCGAAAAACAAAAAAAAAAGAGCAAAAAAAGCCAAAGUGAUGUGAUAUAUUGUGUACUCUAUAAUAAGUUCUCCAUUCAUAGUCAAUAAAGAUUUCAAGCUUUUCUUUUGUUCUACACUUAAAUUGUAUCAUCUUUUUAUCUGCUAACUAGUGCUGUUGAUGCAUCUCCUCAUUUGCGACUGAAAAAGUGUGGUGAAUAAUAUGAAUUCGCUUGUUCUUUUGA